UUACGCGAUGAAUUGAAUGAGGUUUCUGACUUUCCAGAAGAAAUAAUUACAAUGCUUAAUUUUUACACGUGGAUCCAAUUUAAACUUGAAAAUGACAAAAAAGCGAAAGAAACCAACGAUGAAGCUCUCACCCGGACAUACUGGAAGAACAUCACUUCUAUAGUAAGCCGAGCUUAUAUUUUAUGGACAGACGGAGACGACAUAGAGGCCAAGCAUUGUUUAGCUAAAGUGGAAGUACUAAAAAAAAGCAGUGAAGGUGACAAAUUGAUGACUGAAGUUGAAGCUGAGAUGGUUUACGCUUACAGCAGGUUAGGGGGCGCAGAAAAUUUGACCCAUGCCAUUGAAUUGUAUACAAAGGUUUUGCUAAUGCAACCCGAUAAGUAUUUUUGGAAAUAAAGAUUGGGAUUAACUUACAGACGAGCAACUCAUGGGAAUAUC